AUGAUGUUUAUUUCAAUCAUUUGUCUACUACUUUUACAACUUGUACCAAUAUUUGCACUUCCAACAGGCCAAUUGAAAGUUUCAUUGAUUUUGGAAAAAGAUUAUCAUUCAUUAAAUUCAGAAACUGUCUUGGUACAAAGGGAUGAUUCAUUAAUAGUUUCAUCUACAAACUCCAAUGAUAAAUCCAAAAAAACCAGUAAUACUGAUCAAUAUGAUUGGUUCAUGGCUCAUUUCACUUCAAAAGGUUCAUUUGAAAUUGAAUCACUAGAGAAAGAAUUAAUAAUAUCAAAAGAUGGUUCAUUAAAACUUUCACAAAUUCAUAAUCAUCAACAAGAUGAAUCAGAAUCUCAACACGAUGAAGAAUUUCAAAAACGUGCAGUUUUCUCAAUUAAAGAAGGGAGAUUGAUGUUUAAUAGUGCUGAUGAUUUUACACUAUGUCCAAUAGAUUCCCAAAAAGAUCAAUUUUCAAUACAUUUAACAUAUUCAGAAAGUGCAAAUUCUGACGAGUGUUCUGAAGGUAUUCCUGGUGUUAAAUUAAAAGUUUUCAAUCAAUUGGGUAUUCAAGCUAGAGAUUUUGAAGCUCCAGAGUUUUUAUACAGUACUGGUAAGAUUGUUUAUUUUUGA